CAACGCUUCAUGUCGUCUACUUUGACGUCAUGGGAUCAUGGCGGCAUGCGUGGCUGGACGUUGUCUUUCUCUUUUCGGUAAUAUUUGUGCACAUUUUUCGGUGAUUCCACGGCCGGUAAAACAUAAGUGCGUUCAGAUUAGUAAACAAAACGGUUAUGUCACCCGAAGGACAGACAAAGAGCAGGAUAACCCAGUAUACAUUCCAAUAGAUCGCCUCACCGUGUCUUAUAGUCGAAGCGGCGGUCCUGGUGGUCAACAUGUCAAUAAAGUCAACACGAAAACAGAGAUCAGAUUCCAUGUGUUAACUGCAGAGUGGAUCGCCGAAGACGUGCGAGAGAAAAUCUUGGAAAAGAACAAAAACCGAAUCAACAAGGCUGGUGAGUUGUUGGUGACUUCAGAACUUAGCAGAAGCCAGCACAGGAACUUCAACGACUGUAUACAGAAGAUCUCAGCCAUUAUUGCUGAAGCUAGCGAGAAGCCACACGAGGCCACGCCGGAAGAUAUUGCCCUCAGGAAAGCUAGGUUAGACAAGAGAAACCAGGAGCGAAUUAGACAGAAGAAGAUCCAUUCUGCUACCAAACAGAGCAGGCGACUAGAGUUUGAUUGAUAUUCCUACUUUUGGUUUGAUUCUUGUAUUGUUUAUGUAGUAAAAUUGUUUUUU